AUGGAGAUGAUAAAAGAAAAUUUUUCGUUGCUCUUGUCUUUCACUGAAUUAAAGCCAGUAGAUGAGAAAAAGACUAAAGAAGAAAGUAGUCCGGUAGUUGGUGAUAAAGGUAACCCAUAUCAUACAGCAGCUUUAGACAAAUCAGAUUCUAAAAAUAAAGAUGCAAAUUCGCCCAAUCAAAAUAAAACAGAUUCGAAAAGUGACCAAUCAAAGCCGUCUCAACAAAGUGAUAAAUCAACCAAUGAGGUGUCAGAGAGUAAAAAAUCAUCCAAUGAGAAAGACAGUAAAUCAACCAAUAGUAACGCAGUUAACAAGUCAGUAGACAGUGAUAAAGAGUCGAAGUCCCGAUCAUCCAGUGUAAAUAAAGGAAGGACGAGUUCAUCCAGUUCAGUAGAUAAUCUACCUACUCUAGCCACUAAAGAACCACCUCCUUUAGUUGAUGAAGAGGAAGACAGUCCGUUAUUUGGUAAUGAUUCGACAGUAUCGGAUACACUAGGACAAAUUGACUUGAAAACAGAGAACAAAAAAGAUGAUAAAAAAGAUAAAAAACCUGCAAAACAACCUGGUGGAAAACUUCCCAGUAAAGCAGACCUUGUUGAUGAUGAUGACCAGAAACCCCCUCCAUUAUUUGGUGAUGAUGACGAUGAAGAUGAUCUAGAUUGGCUCAGUUAAAAUUUUUACAAUUUCACAGCAUAAAGAAAUAAUACUCUUAAACUUUACAAUGAAUCCUAGAAGACCGUGUAUACAGGUGCUUACAUAGGGACCAUUCACCAAAUAUAC